AUGGCGUCUGCCCAGGUCAUAUCGAAUUCUGGUCACGAUGACAUGAUUCACGAUGCCGUUCUCGAUUACUACGGACGCCGCCUCGCGACAUGCUCAAGCGACCGAACCAUCAAGAUAUUCGAAAUCGACGGGGACUCUCAGCGGCUUGUUGAGACUCUGAAAGGACAUGAUGGCGCAGUUUGGUGCGUUUCAUGGGCGCACCCCAAGUAUGGAAACAUCCUGGCCUCGGCAGGCUACGACGGCAAGGUCUUCAUCUGGAGGGAACAAAACAACCAGUGGCAGAAGAUUUUUGAUUUCGCCCUGCACAAGGCCUCCGUCAACAUUGUCUCGUGGUCUCCGCACGAGUCUGGCUGCCUCCUGGCCUGUGCCUCCUCGGAUGGCAACAUCAGCAUUCUCGAGUUCCGCGACAACAGCUUCGACCACAUUACCUUCCCUGCCCACGGACUAGGCGUUAACUCUGUCUCCUGGGCCCCAGCUACAGCACCUGGAAGCAUCGUCAGCAAUUCUCCCGGUCCUGGUUCGGCUGGUGUGAGGCGAUUUGUCACCGGCGGCUGUGAUAAUUUGCUCAAAGUAUGGGGUUUUGACUCGGCGUCGCAGUCUUACAAGCUGGAGCAGGAGCCUCUUGCCGGCCACACAGACUGGGUUCGUGAUGUCGCGUGGUCACCGACGGUCCUGCAGAAGUCCUACAUUGCUUCAGCCUCUCAAGACAAGACGGUUCGCAUUUGGACAUCAGAUUCGUCGAGCGCGGGACAAUGGAACUGCAAGGUUCUUAACUUUGACGCCGCUGUGUGGAGAGUCAGCUGGUCUCUGAGCGGCAAUGUACUCGCGGUCAGCGGAGGCGACAACAAGGUUUCGUUGUGGAAAGAGAACCUCAGAGGCGAAUGGGAGUGCGUCAAGAGUAUCGAGGAGUGA